AUGAACAACGACUUUUGGAACCAAGCCAGAGGUCCGCCUCAGAACAUACCUCAGAACCUUUCUAACUCUAACCAGAACUCGCCGGUACCGGGAUCCACCAACUCGAUACCGGCCCAUUCUCCCAGCCAACAGAGCAACAGCAGUCAGAUACACGUUCAGCAACCAAACAACGCACAACAGAACAACCAACCGCAAGCACACGCUCAACAACAACAUUCACCUCAAGCUCAACAACAACAGUCCAACCAACAGCAACAACAACAGCAGCAGCAACAACAACAGAUGAACCAGCAGCAACAACAGCAGAUGAACCAACAGCAAAUGAAUCAACAGCCGGGACAGAAUGGCGGCCAGAAUCAACAGCAGCAGCAAAAUCAACAGCAACAGCAGCCGCCUCAACAGUCCCCGCAUCUGGGCAGUCCCAAUUCGGCUGCGCAAGCCGCUCACGCGCAUGCGCUAGCUCAAGUUGCGCAACAGCAACAGCAGAUGGUUAACAUGCAUCAACAGUUGGGCAGCGGUCAGAGCUCGCCGGAUAAGUUGAUGACGGAGAAAAUUGUCAAUGAGUUACAGGUAGGGUAUUUUGAGUUUAUGGUUGGUAGUUAG